CUCAGUCCUCUGCUCUUUCUCGCGGCGCCUCCAUAUUUCCCCUCUUCGCUGUUGCUCAGUUGUUGUUUUCUGUUCUUUCCCCACAGAUUGGAGGGAGAGAAGGCUAGAUGCAUAGGGAUUUCUUGGAGUCCAUCUCUCUCUGCUCCGCGUCGGUGUCACACCGUUCUCUCAGUCCGGUGGUAGCCGCUCGAUACUAGAUCUGGACUCUUUUUUUCAGUUCAAUUUCUUUUUUUUUUGUCGAUCUACCUGUGAGUUUGACCUGCCGCCAUCUCCCUGUUUGAAUAAGUAGUAGUAGUAGUAGUAGUAGUAGUAUUUUGUAACUACUACUACUACUAAGUAAAGACUGGUAGAUCGUGUUCUUCCUUUAUCUAUGAGAUAAGCAAGCACAUACACAUAGCAACAAGACUGGCAUCUGCUCUGCUUGCCUUGCCCCGGCGCUCGAAUUCAUCGCUGUUACGAGUAACCUUUAGGACAAACAAACGAGUACUAUACUACUAUUUACUUAGCCGUUUUUUUUUCUUUUUCUUUGGUCAUUUGGACUGCUGCCUCCCUUCUCCCUCUUCGUUCCUUUUAGUUCUAGUUUGAUUCGAUUGCGCUUCUUUUGACUGCAGUGCUGAGCAAUCCAGCGGCGGGUAAUCUGCGUCAGGGCUGCGCAAUCUCAGAGGCUGAUGCAAACCGUUGGAGCGGAGAUGGCAGUCGCCAGCGGUGAGGUGGAACAGACGAAACAGGUCCUGGAGAUUGAUGACGAUGCAAAAAGCAUUUUGAAGGCCCGGGAGACGAUGGGUCAUUCUGCAGUGCCUCGACAGCCGAUGGGGCUUUACGAUCCGGCAUUCGAUUCUGACGCUUGCGGUGUCGGCUUCAUCGCUGAGCUAUCGACUAAGCCCAGUCGAAAACUGGUGGUGGAAGCGCUGGACAUGCUUGAUCGAAUGUCCCACCGUGGUGCUUGUGGUUGCGAGGAGAACACCGGCGAUGGGGCAGGCAUUCUUGUCGCUUUGCCGCACGACUUCUUCCGAGCGGCAAUGAAAGAAGAGGCGGAUGUGGAGCUGCCGCCGGCGGGAGAAUAUGCUGUUGGAAUGCUCUUUUUGCCCGUGAAUGAGGAGCGGCGUAAGAUCGGAAGGGACAUCUUCAUCAAGAGGACGGAAGCUCUCGGUCAUAAGAUCGUGGCAUGGAGGAAACUGAAGACGAAUAACGCAGGUCUGGGAAAGGGGGCCUUGUCGACGGAACCGCUGAUCGAGCAAGUGUUCAUCACUCCGAGUGUCAAAUCCACCGUCGAUUUUGAAAAGCAGUUGUUUAUCCUCAGGAGGUACAUCGAGGGCGAGCUCCGCGACGCGCUAGGAUUGGACUACGGAAAACCCCGUGACUUCUACAUCUGCUCCCUUUCGUCAAAGACGGUUGUUUACAAGGGGCAGCUGAAGCCCGAUCAGCUUCCUUCUUACUACCCGGACCUCAGCGAUGAGAGAUUCACAGCGUAUACCGCUUUGGUGCAUUCUCGCUUUUCGACCAACACCUUCCCUAGUUGGGAAAGGGCGCAGCCAAUGAGAGUGCUUGGGCACAACGGUGAAAUCAAUACCCUUCGGGGUAAUAUAAACUGGAUGAGAGCACGAGAAGGCUUGCUGAAGUGUGAUGCUCUGGACCUGCCUCGGGAGGAGCUGAAGAAGCUGAUGCCGAUUGUGGACGAGGACUCCUCAGAUUCAGGCGCAUUCGACGGAGUGUUGGAGUUCCUGAUCAGGACUGGAAGAAACCCCCCGGAAUCAGUGAUGAUGAUGAUUCCAGAGGCUUGGCAAAACGACCAGCAAAUGGAUUCCAAGAAAAAGGCGUUGUACCAAUAUCAUUCCGCUCUCAUGGAGCCUUGGGACGGACCUGCUCUGAUUGCCUUCACGGAUGGAAGAUACAUAGGAGCAACUCUCGAUCGGAAUGGUUUGAGGCCGGGUAGGUACUACAUCACCCACAGUGGGCGUGUGAUCAUGGGCAGUGAAGUGGGAGUGGUGGAUGUGGAUCCCAAGGACAUAAAAAAGAAGGGGCGGUUGAAUCCUGGAAUGAUGCUCCUUGUGGAUUUUCACGAGCAUAUUGUUGUGGAAGAUGCGGAAAUGAAGAGGAAGUAUUCCGCAGCUCGGCCAUACGGAGAAUGGCUGGCAAGGCAGAUGGUUACGCUGGAGGACAUUGUCCACCAUGUGCCCCAGGAGAAGUUGCAGCCGCCUGUAAUCAAUGGUGUGAUUGCAGAUGCCGACCUCGAUGCGGAUAUCAAGGACAACCGUGGUUUGACGAAGCUCCUGGCUCCGCUCAAGGUCUUUGGGUAUACUGUGGAAGCCUUGGAAAUGUUGUUGCUCCCCAUGGCUCGUGACGCCUCAGAGGCUCUUGGGUCUAUGGGUAAUGACACCCCUCUAGCCUGCAUGUCUGACCGGCCAAAGCUUCUUUUCGAGUACUUCAAGCAGAUGUUCGCCCAGGUCACCAAUCCUCCCAUCGAUCCUAUUCGCGAGGCGGUCGUCACAUCCACAGAGUGCAUGAUUGGCCCGGAAGGCGAUCAGACUGAAACAACAGAGGAGCAGUGCCAUCGACUGUCCCUUAAGAGUCCACUCCUGACGUUGGAGGAGAUGGAGGCAGUGAAGAAGAUGGAUCAUCGCGGGUGGAGGACGAAGGUUGUCGAUAUCACCUUUGCCAGGGAGGAGGGACCUGCAGGGCUAGAGAGGACGCUCGAGCGAAUUCGCAAGCAAGCGACCGAAGCCAUUGCCGAUGGAUUCAAAAUGCUGGUUCUUUCCGAUCGGGCCACGUCCUGCGACAGGGUACCAGUUUCUUCUCUGCUCGCAGUGGGUGCUGUUCAUCACCACCUUGUGCAGACUCUCUCACGUACUCAGCUGGGAUUGAUUGUGGAGUCGGGAGAGCCUCGUGAAGUCCACCACUUCUGCACGCUUGUCGGAUUCGGAGCAGAUGCCAUCUGCCCCUAUGUGGCAAUCGAGGCAAUUUGGAGCUUGAACGAGGACGGCAAGAUGCCACCUAAAAAGGAUGGCUCCCAGAGAACGAGGCAGGAACUCAUAGCAGCCUAUUUCAAGGCAUCGGAUGCAGGCAUCCUGAAGGUUCUUGCGAAGAUGGGCAUUUCAACAUUGGCCUCAUACAAGGGGGCACAGAUCUUUGAGGCGCUUGGAUUGUCAUCAGAGGUGGUGGACAGAUGUUUCAGGCGGACACCCAGCCGUGUUCAGGGAUGUACAUUCAAGACCUUGGCGGAGGAUGCCAUGCGCUUGCAUGAACAAGCUUUUCCUAUUGCAGAGCCACCUAAGGGAAGCGCGGAGGCAAAGGCGCUGCCGAAUCCUGGAGAUUACCAUUAUCGUGCCAAUCAAGGCUCUGAGGUUCACUUGAAUGACCCGACAGCCAUUGCCAAACUGCGCGAGGCGGUGGGCCAGAACAGCAAGAUAGCCUACGAGGAGUUCGCCAAGAUAGUGAACGGCUUGAACAAGAAGUGCACCCUUCGGGGAAUGAUGAAAUUCAGAAAUGGCACAGCAAUACCGGUGGAGGAGGUUGAGCCUGCACAGAACAUCGUCAAGAGAUUCUGUACGGGUGCUAUGAGUUACGGAUCCAUCUCGCUCGAGGCUCACACCACAUUAGCCAUCGCGAUGAACCGCCUGGGCGGCAAAUCCAACACAGGUGAAGGAGGAGAGAACCCAUCUAGGCUGGUGCCCCAGUCAGAUGGGUCUCAUAACCCGAAGAGGAGUUCCAUCAAGCAAGUGGCCAGUGGGCGGUUUGGUGUGACUGCAUAUUAUCUGACGAAUGCAGAUGAGCUGCAAAUCAAGAUGGCUCAGGGUGCCAAGCCUGGUGAAGGAGGUGAGCUGCCUGGACACAAGGUGGUUGGAGACAUUGCGGUGACUCGUCACUCCACUCCCGGUGUGGGACUCAUCAGCCCACCGCCACAUCAUGACAUCUAUUCCAUCGAGGACCUGGCCCAGCUUAUCUACGACCUGAAGAACUCGAAUCCGGGAGCUCGUGUGAGCGUGAAGCUGGUUUCGGUUGCUGGUGUAGGAGUCAUCGCAGCCGGUGUAGUGAAGGGACAUGCUGACCACGUGCUCAUUUCUGGUCAUGAUGGUGGUACCGGUGCUUCCCGCUGGACUAGCAUCAAGAAUGCAGGUCUGCCCUGGGAGCUUGGCUUGUCAGAGACCCACCAGACACUCGUUGCGAAUGACCUUCGUGGUCGCAUGGUCCUGCAGACUGAUGGGCAGUUGAAGACAGGGCGUGAUGUUGCGAUUGCUGCACUCCUUGGAGCAGAAGAGUUUGGCUUCAGCACUGCGCCGCUUAUGGCGAUGGGUUGUAUUAUGAUGCGGAAGUGCCACAAGAACACCUGUCCGGUUGGAAUCGCAACACAGGACCCUGUCCUCCGAGCUAAGUUCAAGGGGCAGCCUGAGCAUGUCAUCAACUAUUUCUUCAUGGUGGCCGAGGAAGCAAGGAAGUACAUGGCAUCCAUGGGUUUCCGAAAGAUGGAGGAGAUGAUCGGUCGGGCAGAUAUGUUGGAGGUGGACAACGAGGUUAUCCAAAGCAACCCAAAACUGCACAAUAUCGAUCUCUCGGCCAUCCUGAAGCCUUCAGCAGAGCUGCGGCCUGGUGCUGCUCAGUACUGUGUGCAAAAGCAGGAUCACGGUCUUGACAAGGCGUUAGAUGUCAAGCUGAUUGAGCUCUGCAAGCCUGCGUUGGAAAAGGCUGAAGCUGUUCGCCUCGACCUGAAGAUCUGUAACGUCAACCGUGCAGUGGGAACCAUGCUUAGCCACGAGGUAGUGAAGAAGUACAGGUUAGCUGGGCUUCCCGAGGACACCAUCUACAUCAAGCUCCACGGACAUGCUGGACAGAGUUUUGGUGCAUUUAUUUGCCCCGGAGUGACCUUGGAAUUGGAGGGUGACAGCAACGAUUAUGUUGGCAAGGGGCUCUCUGGAGGAAAAGUCAUCGUAUAUCCUCCAAAGAAUGUGGGAUUUGACCCCAAGGAAAACAUCGUCAUUGGAAAUGUGGCCUUGUAUGGUGCCACGUCUGGGGAGGCUUACUUCUGUGGCAUGGCUGCUGAGCUCAUGUGAUUGAUUGUGGUC